AUGCACCCAAUACGCACAUUAGCCACCAAAACGACAAAUGACGACCUACUCAAACUACAAGACGAGUUUCUUAAUACUCAGCCUAAACCCGCUGCUACUUUAAUAAAGAAAAGGCAGGAUCAAACAAGUAGUCCUGGUGAGUCCAUUACGACUAAUCAGCCCAACAAUGCCCCAACAGAGCAGCAUGUACCCGCCAUAAAAAAGGUACUGGACAUGCACUCUUACAAAACCAAUACGGUUAAUCUGGUCAUAGAGAAGGAAACAACAGGGGAACCUGUGAUACCGCCUUCUCUUCCUAAAAAUCUCUCUUUUAACAACAGUAAUACAAGUGGAUUUCCUCAACCUGUUCAUAGAUCACAGUUUUUUUCGCGUUUAAGGAAAGAUGUGGAUCAACAAGAAAAAAAAAGUAGUAGUAGGGAAUUAGGGAAGGAACCUGGCAACAAAUCUCGAUUGAUGGACAUCGAUGUUGAUAAAGAGAAAGACGAAGAAUUACCAUAUGACGAAAUUCAUAAAGAGAAUCUUGCAAGAUUGGCUACUAUGUCUGAAAGCGAGAUUUUGGAAGCACAGGCGUAUUUACGACAGUCCUUAGAACCUGCAUUCAUACAAAAACUGGUAUCAAAAUCAUCAUCUUCAAGGGAGAAACAUAAAAACAACGAUGAUGAUAAUAGCAAUAUAAAUUCUGAAAAAUCUGAUAAUGAAACACGCGUGCAUUUUUCUGAUUUUUCUGAAAAAAGUACAUCACAACAACCACCAUCUAUUAAAGAUAUUGGUAUCAUGAAUAUAAAUAAAGAAGAAAAUAAAGAUGCCGACGAUUCGCAUCCAUUAGUCAUGAAAAAGAAAUAUUUUCCAGAUAUAUCAGCUGAGCCAGAAAAGCUCGAAUGGAUGGGCAUUGUAUCAACUGAAAAUAAGGCACAGCAGCAAAAAUCGCAAUCUUUAUCCGAUAUUCAAAGCAACGUCUUUCGUCCAUAUAUCGCCGGUCCCAAUGACCCACUGGCCGCGUCUCUAAGAUUCGACUUCAACGGCAACGUCCUUGAUAAGAAUGCCGACAUUGCAGUUCACAAAGGGCUUCAUCAUCACGGUGAUAGUCCAGAGCAAGCAGGGUACACGCUUUCGGAACUACUGUGUCUGAUGCGUAGUAACGUAAAAAGCCAACGAAUUAUCCCUUUGAAUAUUGUCGCUCGUAUAUUUAGGAAAAUACGAAGCGGUAGAUAUGAAAAUGACGACUUAGGGAAAGGAAUAGCAGCGUGGGCAAUAAAACUGAAUACUCCUAUAUAUUUACGGAGUGCACUUGAUGGUACGCAUGAGUCGGCUAAUGUCGCUGCAAUUGAUGCGCUCGCAUCUUGGAUUAUUGGCAAUAAAUUAGAAUUUGAAAAGGAAGAAGAAAUAUAUGAUAGUGUAUUGGGAUUGUAUCGUGGAUAUGAAAGCAUUUGUGUACAUAUGUCAAAGAAACCAAAGUCAAAAAAACGAUUUGGCAUGAAGAUUCUUGUUGAAAAGGAAGACGAGGACGAAAGUGAAGAAGAUGGUGAAAACGCUACGAUUGAACAACAUGCACGCAUCGCUGCAAAAGAUCUUGUAGCUGGAUUCCUGUCAAUGGAUAUAUUGUAUCGAUUUCGAUAUAUGCUUGAAAUUGGAAGUUUACCACCCGCCUCUGUCGAGCAAAUUUUAUCAAUCUUAGUGAAAUUUGCACGUCACUCUGCAAGGAGUGCCGCCAAAAUUGUAGAGUGCCCACAAUUAUAUGACAUUAUCCACCAAAAAUUUAUUAGUUUGCCUUGGCCACCAGUUGUGGCCCAUCCUGAGUCAAAUAUUACCUCGGAUGUAUCGACGAAAACCAUUAGUAAUCUCCAACAAUCAAAUUAUCCAUCACUUACUGCUGUUAAAUUGUUACGUAUACUCUGCCAAUCAUCAAAACAAACAUGUCAAGAAUUCAUCAAAAAGCAAUACAUUGAAACAUUAUCACGGUAUGUUGUGAUUCGACCUUCUUCGAUGUCGAAUAAAUUCUAUAAAGAGUUGGGAUACGAUCUUUUCCUGGAGAUAUUAACAAUAUACCAAGUGAUUGCGGGUUAUGGACUGUAUUAUGAGAUACUCUUGCAAGACUAUGUUUUAUUCGAGUAUUUGAUGCAAAUGUCAUAUGAGAUAAAGAUGCCUUGGGAAUGGAAUAUCAUACACUAUCCGGAUGAUGACCAAGGAAGGCGAAAUGAUAGUAUCGAUAUGAGGAAAAAACUUGAAUUGAUCAUUCGGUUUUUCAGGUUAUUAGAAACAUGGACGCGAUCUUUAGCUACUUUACAAAAAGGCACUUCCAAUACAGAGGUCACUUCAUGUACUACAGCUAAACAGAACUCGUUUGAAGUAAGACCCAGUGAAUUUAUUCAAGACUCCCUAGAAUUGCUACACAAGUGGAAAGACGAGUUUUCAAAAAUUGCGUCAUCAGAACACAUGAUUGACGAAAAUUCCGAAAAAUACCUCGAAUAUGAAAAAGCUAUCGUGUUAAUAUCAUCUGCUUCUGCUUACAUUUCCAGUUGGUGUGAAUAUUUGAGCGUGUAUCCUGUCAAAGAUAUCACUGAAAUUGUACAAAUUUGGAAACGGUUAAAUUUAUCAAACUGGCAUAACUCGACACUGUAUGAAUUUUUACAGGAACGAGUGCAAUCAUUCUUUAAUAUAAAUGACAACAAGCAAAGCAGCGUGAUAGUAGACAAUGAUGGUUGGCAGUUGCCAAAUUUACCUGGUGCAUAUCAUCCAAGAACUCGCAAGCUUCUUUCUGCGAAAAUAAGGAUUUCUGUGAUUUAUGAUUGCUUAUUAUCGCAUGUUCUGUUAAUACAUAGUAUCACGCGUCUGUCGAGGCUUAAUAGCUCAAAUAAUAGUAACAUCAAUAAUGAUCAGAGCAUUAUCCAGGAAUCUUUACACGUGAUUGGUGAGGUAUAUCAGGUGGUAGGAAUUUUACAUGAAAACAAAGUUAAGUCAAAAUUGAUAAAACAAAGAAGGAAAUGGCUUGAUUUCUUUGAUCGAUGGAGUGUUUACUUGGAACACGAAUGGCUACAUGUUAUGCUUUUUUUGUUAUCUGAUGAUGCUACAUGGACUAAAUCAAAAAGGAUCUUAAUUACAGCUUUGUUCUUGGUUCAACAGUAUAUGCCAGGCGACGAGAAUAUGGCAUUGGAAACACUAGAUAUUCUUUUGGAUAUGCUGUUAAACAAUUCUUAUAACUUGUUAUCAUCAGCAACAUCAAUAGUCAAAACCGAUGAAAUAAAGACAAGUUUAUGGACAUUCUACCAGAGAAGAAUUAUUUCUGUGAAUAUUGCACGAGAUUUGUCUCUUCAAACUAAAGGAUUUUUUGUGGAUUUUAGCGACAAAAGCUCGAAAUUACCCUUAAGUCCUGGAUGGAUCUUAGCUCCAAUUGACGAAUUAUAUUCAAAGAGGAGUAACUUUGUGAUGGAUAAUGACGUAAGAAAUAAAGUUGUAAAGAGUUGUUUGACCUUUACACUGUUGAUGCAAUUAGCUUGUCAUCAACUGCGAGCAAGUCAUUCUGCUCAAGCAGCUUCACAGCAGAAACCAAUAGACACUUUUGUUAUGCUAGAUCCGGCAACUAUAGUGAUUUCACUUAUGAAAGUCUUUCUUUUAGAAGGAGAACUUUAUCGAGACACAGAAAUUAACUGCUUGAUGGAAAAUCUUGUAGAGAUACAUACCUUACGAAAAACACUUUUGAAUUCCAGCGUCAAUGAACUUCUUGUUACUACUUUCAGAAAAUCAACACCAUUACCUCCAUUAGAAAAUGUAGGUUCCCACGUCCUAGAAAUUCCAUUCUACCAACUUUUCACAGAUUUCUGUGCAAGCUACGCUUCAGAAUCUUUCGGUCACAAAUUCUUCGCUCGACUGUUGAUGAUACCGCUUGCGAGAGGCUUGUAUUCAAUUGAUUAUCAAAUGCUGGUGUGGAAUGAUAUGUUUGAAAUUUUGGGAACUAUUGGUGUUCAAUAUGACGAAAUUAUUUGUUUGCCGCCUUCCUUUUCGUUACGAACAUAUAAUGAGGCUAUUGAUAAUGACGAAAUUAAAAGAAACAUUUGCGAAAGUUUUCUUACGUACUUCUUCCCUAUCGAAGAAAAAAAAGCGAUGUUACAACUUUUUAUUAAAGCGUUGAUGAGCGGACGCGUCAACAUCAAAAACACACCAUUUCUGUAUUGGAUCGCAGUGCAUCACUUAUCGGGAUUUGUAUUCGGAUCAACUGAAGAAGAUAGUAACAGCAACGAUGAAAAGCAAACUAUAAAAAAUAAAUUGAGGAUUGACCUCGCUAAAGCUUUGGUCACUGAUACAACAACAAAGCAAAGUCAAAUAGUUCAUGAUUGGAUUGGUUACACUGAACGGAAUUUUCUUGGAUCUCGAAGAAAAGAUAACUUUACGAUGAUGACUGAUGAUAAUAGCUUUUAUGAUAAUGCUGGGUUAUCAUUUAUCAUGAUGCCGAAUUGCUUCAAUCUUGCUUCUGUAAAUGAGAGGAAAAGACGUGAAAAGUGGAUUCAGGAGUGUGUCAAAUAA